AUGGAGAGAUUUUCACAAAGAGAGGGCCUUCUUCUGGGCUACAGUCCUCAAAGUUCCUUCAUGAACUCUGCUUCUUCUUCGCCCAGUACUUCCAACAAAAACUCAGAUGUUGAUUUUCAUGACGUGUUUGGCGGGCCACCUAGGAGGUCAUCCAUUCACGAAACGAGGUACAGCUUCAGCAUAGUUACGGAUAACAAUGCAUUGAAAAGGGUUGUUGAUGAUGACGACGACGAAGACGAUGAAGCUUGGUCUGGUUCCACUGAGAAGCCAGUGUUUGGGGAUGAGGCUAUGAACAGAAGGAGGACCCAGAGCGAAAACUUCUUUGAUGACAUAUUUAGAGGCAAUAGCUCGGUCAGCUCCAGUCCCAGGAGGCUUCAGCGGGACCCUUUUUCUUCAGCACCAGGUUCCAGGGUUUUAAGCCCUGCCAGGCCCCUGCCCCCUAAAGCCGAGCCCUCUGCGGCUUCUUCACUGCCCAGACAAUUCAGCCUGCCUACCAGAUUAACCAAAGGGGUGGACCUGCCAACAAUUGGUUCCACUAGUCGUACUACUUCCCUUUCUAGAUUUUCAAGCCAAUCAAUCCAGAGUCCUGAGGAUUUGAAAAAUGAUAUCCGAUCCCGGGAGUUUUCUGGUAGUGGCGAGGGGUGCUCAGACUUGGCCACAUCUGAUAAAGCCGACACAGUAGGCAAUUUGGAGCAGGAUUCAAAGAGUAAAGAAAGUCCAACCUCUAGCAGUCCGUUUCAAUUUCAUUUCUCAAUAUACAAGUGGGCAAGCAAAGGAGUGCCAAUUGCGAUGCCUCUUAGGCGACGGACUGGCUCAAGAGGGCAGAAAAGGACUAAUAAUGAGGAACACUCAAAUACUAAUGAAUGCGCUGCUAAUGAGAGUAUGGCAAGGCAAUCACCCAAAUCCACUCUGCCUAAUAUUGAUUUUCCCUCCGAUGACCAUCCACUCGCGGAUACGGAUGCAGAUGCUAGGUCUCCCACCUUGGAACCAAACAAACAAGAAAAUGACUUGCUUCUUGAUGAAAGCGGUCCUGCUAAAGUAGAACCAUGCCAAUUUUUUGAGGAAGCAAUUCUUCCAGUAGCUGAAUCAGAACCCUUCAGCAGACUUCAUAAAACUAUUGAAGAUGUUUCUGGUAAUACGGUCUCAUGCCGUAGAAGUGAAGAUAUAGAGCCUUAUCCUUUACUUGAAACAGCUUCUGGCAAAGCCCCACAAAAAGAAAGUCCUGUGCUUUUGGAACAAGUUAGCGAGCCUGAUCUAAAACCUAAUAGUUCUUUGUUUUUUGAUGAUGAUUUUCAACAAGGCAAUGAUGGGAUAUUUAAAGUGGGUGGUAGAAAGGAAAGUGUGGUCAAAGGCACCAAAAAAUCAUCUCUAGAUGUUGGCUGUAACGAAAUUGCAAAAAAUCAGAAUGGAAAAAGGAGUUCCUUGACGAAUGUUGAUGUUGAUAAAGCUAGUUUCCAAGGCUCACCAAGGGACUCAAGAGAUAAUCUUGGAAGAAGCAAAGUUAAGGGUAAAGUCAAGGACUUUGUUAAAAUGUUCAACCAAGAAGUUUUGUGCAAACCCGCAUAUGAUGGCGAUCUUGGAAGUCUGAGAUAUAAAACGAAGGAGAAAGGAGCUUUCAGAGCAGAGAAUGUAGCGAGUAUUAGCGCAGCAAGAAUGUCCGAGGACUUGCAAAAGUCCAAUGUGAAAAGCCCAUUUCCAAAUGCUUCCGUCAUGAUGAAUGAAGAUCUCAAACAGUUAGAGAAAGAAUAUUGUGAAGCAAAGACUGCUAGCUAUGUACUUAGUAAUGCUCCUGGGCAGGACGUCUCAGCAUCAAGUACUGGAUCAGUUCCUCACGACCCCGUGGCUAUUACUGGAGAUGCAGAUGAGUGCUUCCUGGUCAAAGAAUUGACUCAAGAUGAGAAGAAACAGCCACAAGCUGGCGAAAAUCAUGAAGAAAUCCAGGCAAUUGAUGCGAAAAUACGACAGUGGUCAAGAGGAAAGGAAGGAAACAUACGCUCGUUAUUGACUACUAUGCAAUAUGUUCUUUGGCCUGAGAGCGGUUGGAAGACUGUACCGCUUGUUGAUGUAAUUGAAGGAAACUCUGUGAAAAGAGCAUACCAAAGGGCUCUGCUCUGUUUACACCCAGAUAAGCUGCAGCAGAAAGGUGCUGCUUCACAUCAGAAAUACAUUGCAGCCAAAGUUUUUGAUAUCUUGCAGGAAGCCUGGAAUCAUUUCAAUUCACUUGGCGCACUUUGA